AGGUACCGGGCGAGAGGCGAAUCGCGAGGAGUGGUAGCGCGCGCAGUCCGCGGGAACCUGAUGCUCAGAAGAGUUAACUUGACGCCCAGCCCCCGCCAGUCCCCCAUGGCCCCAUGGAGCCGAGAGGCGGUGCUCAGUCUGUACCGGGCCCUGCUGCGCCAGGGUCGAGAGCUUCGCUACACUGAUCGAGACUUCUAUCUUGCCUCCAUCCGCCGUGAGUUCCGGAAAAACCAGAAGCUAGAGGAUCCUGAGGCCCGGGAGAGGCAGCUGGAAAAGGGCCUGGUCUUCCUCCACAGCAAAUUGGGGGGGAUUAUUUAG